UCCACGCAAGACGGCAAUCGAGCUUAUCAAGAGGCUAUCAGGGCGUGGUACAACCGACAUGGGCAGGACGCUACCGCUUCGUUAUCUCGCCCGUUCCCCCUUUCGCCGGGAACCGUUCGGCCCGGUUCGGGUGAGUGCUUCCGUUGUGGCAUGACAGGCCAU